AUGCGAGCAGUAAGAUUUGUUAAGCGGCUCGAAUGGGAGCUGCCUGGUACAGUCUUUCGGCAUGGCCUGACGAUCGGUGAUGUGGAUAACGAUGGCGAUAACGAGCUCGUUGUCGGCACAGCCGAGGGUGACAUCUACAUAUUCAAAGGCUCGGAAGUAUGGCAAAAAAUAUCGGGAUUAGGUCUCAUAAGUUGUGUGGCAAUUGGCGACAUCUUCAAUUACGGAUGUAACGCUUUGGUGGUGAUAUGCGGUGAUGGUUGGGCCCACAUAUUCUACAGUCCGCGAUCAGUCAAUCCGAGUACAAUGGCACCGAUAAAUUUGUUACCAGCAUCAUCGUCUUCGUCAGAGAACAACGAGGCAUAUGGUAAAAUGGAAUGCGUUCAUUUGCAACGAAUUCCGACGAACACGAAAGUCGUAAUAGUGGCGGACGUCGAUCGUGACGGUGCGAAUGAAAUGAUAAUAGGAUUGACGGAUCGAGUUGUCAGGUCGUACAGAUGGUCAACGAACACUGAGCUCGGCACGGGUAAACUGGUCGGACUGAAUAAAUGGGAAUGUGCGAAUCAGAUUGGAACAGUGACGUUGCAACAUACUAACGACGGAAUCCCAACUUUGCUCGUUGCCCAGCCCGGCGGCACUUUCAUGCGAAUAAAAUGUAAUCCGGACGACUGUCGUGACAGCAACGAGGACGAAGAAGAUUACGACGAGGACGGUUUUGCUGCAGCUAGCUGCGUCGAUUACCAGACAUUAGGAAUAUCCAGAAUGCGUAAUCCCAACAUAUCAACCGAAAUAAUCGGUGAUUUGGAACCAGGAGCAAUUUACUGCGGUUCUUCCUCCUCAUCAUCAAUUUCUGAUCACGAUAAACACCCGAAAUUCGUUCCAAAAACUGAAUUUCGUAGAAAUUUUUCCCAACCUGAUAUCUCGCACGAGCACAAUGACAAAAUCAAGAGUCAAGCGAGAUUUUACAGCAGAGUCAAUUCCCCAGAAAUUUAUGAUAACUCUUGUAUUGAAAAAAUCGAAGAAACUUUGGCCAAAAGCAAGAACGCGAAUGAGUUGAUGAAAGGAAAGCCGUACGCCCUUGCAACUUUGGAUGGGACCAUCAUGUUGGUCAAGGAUGAAACUAUUUUAUGGGCUAUGCAAGUCGACCACCAAAUAUUUGCACUCUGCCGAUUAGACGUGACGGGCGAUGGGGCUGAUGAAAUAGUCGCAUGUACCUGGGACGGACACACAUACAUAUUGGAUCAGCAAAGAAGAAGUGUACGUUUUGAAUUUGAAGAGCCUGUCAGAGCUUUCACCACGGGUAAUUACAGCGUGAAACCAGGCACUUUGACACCUUGCCUGAUUUACAAUACUUUUAGGAACAAAUUGUUUCUCUAUUACGAUGUUGUACUCCCAAGCAUGGUAAUAACUCCUCUCAAUCCACUUCAAGAUAUUGAACCUGAUCUUAAAAAAAUUGUUGAAGAUUCUAUCGCUGCGUUCGGCGAUGAUCAAUGUUCGCGGGACGAAAAAGUACAAAGUCUCACGGAAUAUUUGCUCUAUGGAUUGUAUAUGGAAUAAUAAAAUGCAUAUAUUCUUUGAGAA